CUACUUUCUGCUAUAAAGAGCGAGUGUGGCGCACCAUUUAAGGGAAGUGUGAACCUUGUGACAGGAAGCUUUUCAAUCACUUCAUUGGCAGAAGAUGUUGAGGAUGACUGCGUGGCUGUGUAUAGGAGUGUUUCUGUGGGGCUUUGCAUCUUGCUCCAUCAGAUGUCCUGAUGGGGUCUCCUGCUCUGAUACGGAAACCUGUUGCCAAACUGCUCGUGGAUAUAGCUGCUGUCCGUAUCCAAAGGCUGUCUGCUGCAGUGACUUAGCCCACUGCUGUCCCUCAGGUUAUCUCUGUGAGAUUGCCACUCAGAUGUGUGUGAAGCAAUACCAACCAUGGAUCGCCGUACCGAUGGCGAGGAAAGUGGCUGCAGAGGUGUCGAGCACCCCUGAUCUCUCUCUGACCCCUUUUGAGGAGGUCAAACAAAACAAUUCCCCAGAAGAAUUAAAAAGUUCAGGCGUUUACUGUGACAGCUAUACCGUGUGUCCCGAUGGCACGACUUGCUGCAAACACCCAAAGAGUGGCUGGACCUGCUGCCCCUAUUCUCCUGCAAAAUGUUGCCUGGACGGCUUCCACUGUUGUCCGUACGGAUACGACUGUGACCACACUUACACUCAUUGUGUCAGAGAAAGACUGGAAGAUCUGUUCACCUACAAAAAGUCUCUGACUUCAGUCCCAGCUUCUCUUCUUUCAGUGUCUGAGAACAGAAGCACUAAGAAGGAGACAGCACUGACUGCGCUGACAGCAGCCAGUGUCAACCCCUUCAAUCAGGGAGUCAUUCGCUGUGAUGACAAAUUUUACUGCCCAAGUGGCUCAAGCUGCUGCAAGGGACCCGGAAACAAGUGGAACUGCUGUCCUUACUCACUGGGCGUGUGCUGUGCGGAUGGUAAGCACUGCUGUGAGUAUGGAUACCAAUGCAACCCCUCUUCCUCCAAAUGCACAAGUUAGACCACCUGAAGACAACUUGGACACGCCAAAAGCACUGAAAUUGCAUUAUUUGAUUGUUUUGCAUAGUUUUACUCUUGGUUUUGCUCAACAUUUCCAAUGCCUUAUUACCUCAUGUAGGUUGUCUCCAGAUAACAGUCUUCUGAGAUUAUUGUGAUUAAUAUAAAGAGUCAAUCUGCUUGCAGGCUUGCUCAGCUCAAAGCUUUUUAAUUGAAAAUAUAUUUAGAGAUGAAAAAAGGACCUGAUUUUGCUUUGCAAAUUAAAAUCAGAAAUGGAUAUUUUAUGACAUUUCAAAUCUUGACAAUUAGAAUUGAAUUGCAGACUGUUCUUUAAAUAAAGUUACCUACA